GCCCCCUCACAGCUGCUGUACCAAGCAGUGGGCUUGUCAUGUGUACCCAGUAACCAACAACGGCGUAAACUUUUCAUUCGGAAGAUCGAUCGCAUUUCAUUUGACAGCCAAACACAAAUCGAUACCAUGCUUAGACGGAUACUUCAAAUGACUCCUGGGAAAGGAGGCUCUCAGAACUCUGAGUCAGACCAGCCCAGUGCAGACCUCAACAAUGACCAGACCUCUGAGGGGUUCAUCUGUCCCCAGUGCAUGAAGUCCCACAACUCAGCAGAGGAGCUAUUCAAGCACUAUGAGCUGUACCACGAUUCAGGAGACCAGCCCUCACACAUGGGCCCUGGCCGUGAAGACCUUGUGCUUCUCCGGCAAGAGUUGCAAGAACUGCAGACUUCGCUCAAGGAGGAGAAAUGGUUCUCUGCGGAGUUGAAGAAGGAACUAGACAAAGUUCAAGGACACCUGAAGCAAGGUCCACAGAAUGAUGGCCAGACAGGAUUAGAGGAUUCUGCCUUGGCGAUUAAGCUGAACGAGGCGGAGACAGAGACGUUCAACAUCAAGCAGAUGAAAGACCUGUUUGAGCAGAAGGCUGCCCAGCUGGCCACAGAUAUUGUGGAUGUCAAGUCUCGUUAUGAUGAGGAGAAGAGCCUGAGGGAGGCUGCAGACCAGAGGCUGGCGAACCUGAGCCAGGAGCUACAGAGAGAGAGGCAAGACAAGGACCGGCUCCACACUGAACUGCUGCAGCGGCCAGGAGUGGAGGACGUGGGGGUACUGCAGAAGGAGCUGAUUCAGGUGCAGACGUUGAUGGACAGGAUGACACGUGAGAGGGAGGAGGAGUCAGAACACCUCAAGAGUAAAUAUGAGCAGCUGCAGGCUGACCACACCAGCUCAGAGAAGACCAUCUCCCAGCUGAAGGCAGAGCUAGAGAAGGGACCUCAGGAGGCAGCCGUGUACACCCAGCAGAUUCACCAACUCCAGAGCUCUCUGAACAACCUGCAGCAACAGAGCCAGAUGCUUUCAGAGAAGCUGCUGCGCAGGGAGAAGGAGUUUCAGGAGCUGGAGGAAGGCCUGAGGGCCGAGCAAGUCUCCAAGAAGACAGCCCAGGCCAGCCUGCACCAGAGGGAGCUGGAGGUGCAAGAGCUCCAGGCCCGGGCAGUGGGUGCCGAGGCCAGCCUGCAGAGAGCCCAGGCAGAGCUGGGGGAGCGGGGGGAGGAAGCCGGGAGGCUCCGAAGGGAGGUGGCUGAGCUGGAGGCCAAGCAUAGGGAGGUGAAGACUGAGAGGAAGCAGCUGCAGCAGCAGAGGGAGGAGAGGGAGAGCCAGGGCCUGGCGCAGCAGAGUGAGAUCUGCCAGCUGCAUGCUAAGCUACUGGAGGCGGAGCGGCAGCUGGGGGAGGUGCAGGGCCGUCUGAAGGAGCAGAGGCAGCUCUCUGGGGAGAAACUGAAGGACCGCGAGCAACAAGCCGCCGACCUGCAGAUCAAAUUGUCCCGCUCAGAGGAACAGUUGAAGGAGAACAGCAGUAAGACAUUGGACCUGCAGCACCAGCUGGAGAAAGCUAAGCAGCAACACCAGGAGCUCCAGGGCCUGCAGCAGAACACCAACACCAAGCUGCGAGAGGCACAGAAUGACCUGGAGCAGGUGCUGCGUCAGAUCGGGGACAAGGACCAGAAGAUCCAGAACCUGGAGGCCCUGCUGCAGAAGACCAAGGACAGCGUGAGUCAGCUGGAGGCCGAGAGGGAGGACCUGGUGGCCAAGAUCCAGGCUGGGGAGGGAGAGACGGCCGUGCUCAACCAGCUGCAGGAGAAGAACCACACACUACAGACGCAGGUCACACACCUGACAGACAAACUGAAGAACCAAUCGGAGAGCCACAAGCAGGCCCAGGACAACCUCCACAAGCAGGUGCAGGAGCAGAAGACCCUCCUGCGGGCGGCACAGGACCAAGCCCAGGCUGUGGAGACCUCUAUAAAGGAAGUGAACGCCCAGCUGACCGAGAGCAGGGAGAAGGUGGCCCAACUGGACACACAGUUGAAGGCUAAGAUCGAGAUGCUGCUGUCAGCCGAGGCAGCCAAGGCAACCCAGAGAGUAGACCUGGAGAACCACCUGGAGACAGCCCAGCAUGCACUGCAGGACAAGCAGCAGGAGCUGAGUAAGAGCCAGGCGUGUGUGGAGGAGCAGGGCCAGAGGCUGCAGGCGAGACAGGAGCAGUGUGGCCAGCUGGAGGCCAGUCUGAAGGAGAUCAAAGACGAACUACUGAUCUCAGAACAGCGCGUAGAGCAGCUGGAGGUGCGGGCCAAGAAAGCGGAGGCGGAGGGGGUGGAGCUGCGUGCUGCCAGGGAGCAGGCCCAGCAGGAAGUGCAGAAGCUCCAGAAGCAGGGGUCGGAGGUCAAGGGAAAGCUGAAGGAGCUGGGUUGCCUAUUGGAGACUGAGAAGGCUGGGGCUGCUGCAUUACAGGUGGAGCUGAAGAGAAAAACCUCCUCCCUGAGUGACACGCGACAGCAGCUGGAGCAAUGUGAGCAGGAGAAGACCUCCCUCCAGACCAACUUGGACAAGCUAGCCCAGGAGGGGCAGGCGCAGCAGGCAGAGCUGGACAGGAAAGCCCAGGGCUUGGCCAGAGAGCUCCAGACGGCCCAGCAGGAGAAGGAGGCCCAGGGGAAAGAGCUGGUCGCGGUCAAGRAUGGCCUGGCUAAGGCCUCCAAAGCCAUGAAGGACAGCCAGAGCCAGCUGGACAAGGAGAGGAAGAGCAGCAAGGCAGUUCUGGAGGAGAAGGAGAAGUCCCAUGAGAAGGCCAGACAGGAGCUGCUGAAGGCCACAGAUGCCUCCACCAAGGAGAUGGCAGAGGUCAAAGGGCAGCUGGACAAGAUCAGAGAGGCAGAAAAAGGGCUGAAUAUGCAGCUGACUGCAUUAACAGAGCAACACACCAAGACCCAGGAGGCCCUGAAAGAGAAGGAGAAGGGAGUGCAGCAGCUACAGGCCCAGCUGACGACAGCCCAGGGGUCCUUCAGCCAGGAAAAGAAGAAGCUGGAAAGCCAAGUGACCGAGCUGCAAGGAUCACAUGCCAAGAAGGGUGAGGAGGAGGGUCGUCUGAGGGAACAGGUGUCAGGCCUCGGCCAAGAUUUGAGCUCUGAGAGGACCAGGACCACUGAGCUGCAGAAGGUUCUAGAGCAGAGUCAGCAAGGCCUGGCCAAGCUACAGUCUGACUACUACGGCAAGGAGUCAGAGUUGUCAUCUCUUAGACAGGACCUCAAGGCUUCUGAGGAGAGGCUGACCCUGUCCCAGAAGGAGUUAUCUGCUAACUGGAUCCAGCUGACUGGUCUGGAGGGGCAGGUGCAGGAGGUAAAGGCUGCCAGGGCCUCCCUGGAGCAGGAGCUGGCUAAACGGGACCAGAAGCUUGGCCAGCAGGAGACAGCCCUCAAAGAGUUGCAGAAACAACAGGGUGUGACCCAGGAGGAGCUGCAGAAGGAGAGGAGCAGAGCGGAGGAGCUGAGCCAGACUAAGGCUGCACUGGAGAAGGACACAACCAGACAGGGCUCUGAGCUGAAGGCACUCGGGGAGAGGAGUGACAAGGAGUUGAGGGAGCUGCGGGAAGCCAAGCAACUGUUGAUCCAGCAGAAGCUGGAGACGCAGGGCCGGGUGGAAGAGGUACAGGCAUCCCUGGAGCAGGAGAAGACCCUGCACCAAGCCACCAGAGACAGUGUUAACCAGAGAGAGGAGAAGCUACGGGCAGAGACCCAGGAGAUCCAUGCCCAGCUGGCGUCAGAGCGUAAUGCUCGGGAGGGGCAGGCGACGCGGGGAGAGGAGGCGGAGGCGCGGCUGGGCCUGCAGGUGACGGCGCUCAACGAGAACGUGGCCACGCUGAAGAGGGAGUGGCAGGGGAGCCAGCGGCACUGCGGCGAGCUGGAGAAGCAGACGGAUGAACUGCGGGGCGAGAUCGCCGUGCUGGAGGCCACCGUGCAGAACAACCAGGACGAGAGGCGCGCGCUGCUGGAGAGGUGUGUGAAGGGUGAGGGGGAGAUGGAGAAACUGCAGGCCAAAGUAGUGGAGAUGAGGAGGAAACUGGAUGAUACGACAGCCGCCAUGCAAGAGCUGGGCAGAGAAAACCAGUCACUACAGAUAAAGCAGUCACAGUCUCUGACCAGGAAGUGGGCAGAGGACCAUGAGGUACAGAACUGCAUGGACUGUGGGAAGGGCUUCUCUCUCGCCAUUAGGAAGCACCACUGCAGACACUGUGGCAACAUCUUCUGUGCAGAGUGCUCCGCCAAGAACGCCCUCAUACCCUCAUCCAAGAAGCCUGUGCGGGUUUGUGAAACAUGCUUCGAAGAUCUCCAGGCCUGACACCCCUCUCCCCCCUCCCCCCAGUAGCCCAGCAACGGCAUGUCUCAUGAUGUCCAUUUUCUAUGUGCAUUCAUCUGGACUGAGGAACCAACACCAGUCUCUCUGUGAACCCCAUUGGACCAUGUGAAGCAAACAGACCUACUGAGCUUUGGAGAGGAGUAACCUGGUGAUGGGAUGGGAGUGCAGAAGAAGUGGCCAGUCACUAUAGGGGCUGAUGGAGGUUUAGCAGAUGUCUCGACGUCACACAAGAAGAUGGGAACAUAAUGGAAGAAGCACUGCAGACAUUCCUGAGCUAUGUGAUGGAAUAGGCCGCAUCUGUAUAGUGCCUUUGCCUCUCCUGACCUGAAGUCGACAUGUCAGUCGGUCGGACAGAGUAUGGUAACAGGGAGAGCUCAACAGCACCAUCCAUUACUCCACACAUCUAUCUAGAAUGGCGGCCAUCUUGGUUUGGCAUUGUUAUCAUCUUGAGCAUUAACAAGACAGUUGACUGUAAGUUGGGUCUUGAAGGGUUGUGAAGGCAGGGGUUAUACCGACUAACGGGUUAAGUUAACGAAAGGAUAUAGUUACCUUGAAAGGUGGAAAGCAGUGGUUCUGUUUGUUUUAGAAGUAUUUUGUUCACGACCAAAGAAUGUCUAACUGGAGGAGUCCAACAGUCCUGAGAGAUGGCAUGACGCUAAAUGGAAAGCCUGGAUUUUUCAUAACUUUAUUUCUUUUCAAUUACUUUUUAAAUCUAGCUGAAAGCUUUGGAUUUUUGACUCGUAAGGUCAUACAUUUUAUCAAGAAUUCAGACAUCCUUGAUAUACAUCAGAAUUAUUUUUUUUUCAAUGCUGCUCAUCUUUCUACAAAACUGAAUUACUUUUUUUGUUUUUCACUGUCCACGUGGUUGGUUGCAUGUGCUUUUUCUGUCACCUGUAUCACAUUCAACAUCAUGACUACUGCAGGGGCUGUGUGUGCUCUGCUUUGAAGCAGAAGCAAUAACUGUCCACGUGUAUCGUGUGUGUGUGUGUGUAUAUGUGGUGCUUUAGGAAUGAAUGUGUAUCAGUAAGUGUAGGGCUGCAGUGUUGUCAGUCUGCAUGGUGACUGUUUAAACCUUCUCUUUAAGACACUUUUGUACAUGUCAAUGUUGAUUUACACUAAUUGCUAACUCUUUACGACCUGUCAAACAGAACUGAUAACACUUUUAAAAAAUCUAGUCCUCAUUCAAGUAUUUUUAAUGGGUGAUUCUCAUGAAACUAGUUUUAAACAUCUGUAGCAGAUUGAGUUGCAAAAAUCAACUAUAAUUCUGAAGACAAAGUCCAGUUUUUGGCAGUCUUAUUUUAAAUAACGUUCACAUUUUCACAUGAUAUUUAAAAAACAUUUUCACCCCAAAUUCUCAUUACCGAAAUGCAUCUGUAUUAAAUUCUGAGGUCAUUUUAUACUAGUUGAAGUGGACAUGUCUCAUUACCGUAACACUCAGUUUCUGUAAAAACUCUAAAUGUUUUUAAAUAAACUUUUAUUCACUCAUGAUGCAUCAUCUAGAGCAGGGUUUCCCAAAGUCGGUCCUGGGGCCUCCCCCGGGUGCACGUUUUGGUUUUUGUCCUAGCACUACACAGCUGAUUUGAAAUAAUCAAAGCAAACGUGCUCCAGGGGUGGCCCCAGGACCGGUCUUGGGAAACCCUGAUCUAGGGGUUUAACUUUAACUGAGCACAAGUUAAUUUAUCCGCUUAUAUGCCUUCAGAAUGGAGUUCUUAUUCUCAAACAACCCCUUUACCCCACUUGGUCUUCUCAUUACUGAUAUGGCUAAAAAGCUGAAAUUGGGAAAAAUCAGAACCAUUACCUUAUAAACAUGGAGGCAUGAAUGGGCUUUAGUGAUGUGGUCAAUUGUUUGCUGACUCAUAAUGGCUGUCUCCUAUUAUUUGCAGAUCUAAGGGCCCCUCAUUACCGAAACAAAUGUCUCAAUAAAUAUGGGGUGCAAAAACUCUGUUUAAAUUACUUUUAAGCCACAAUCAGCAGUUUGUGUUUCAGCAAAGAGCAACCCCACCACAAAGGAGAAUAUCCCCAAUUUUGACAUGUGUACCUGUUUUCACACCUAUACUGACUGUUGUUUAAUAUCACAAGACAGUUUUUGUUCCAUAUUGCACGUAUUUAGAUGCUUUAUAGGCAUAUUGUGUUAUGCCGUUUGCCCAUAGGAUCCCAUUCAAUUCAGAUUUUUUUUAUUUUUUUUAAAUGUACAACCACAAAUAUCCACGUCCUAAUACACCAAUAUUACCUGUAAAGACCUUGGAUAAAUAUUUUUUUGCAGUUACGUUUAAGUACAUUUUUGGCUUUUGAAAAUACAUGCCUAUAAUUACAGUACUUAUACUGAAAUAAGUGAUAUUUUAGUCAAUUACAUUAAGAUCAGUGAAUUUAGUAUUAUGCGAGGAUUAUUUGGGUUUAACAAAUGAUGAAACUGAUUUGUUGGGUUACUGAAUCUCUGGUAGAGAUCAGUACAGGUUUUUCAAUGGCAAAUUAUGCAACACUCAUUUCCGAAACCUGCUCAUCAUUACCGUAAUGCGGAAAUAUUAGGACACAUUUAUGCAAUUUUGUCUUAAUCUGAUGUGUACAUAAAUUAAAUAAAACAAUUUGAAUGUAUACAAAAGUUAUUGAUUCAAAAAGGUUGUUACGGUAAUAAUAUUUUACGAAUUACAAUUUAAAUGUUUAACUCAGGCCUUUUCAUUAGGGAAGCAAUGUUAAAAAUAUUAUAAAUUGAUUUGUUUUACUUUUUGGGAGUUUAAAAAGUGUUGCAGCAAUGAGCAUUUUUGCAUUGGUAGUUGUAAAAUGCAUUAUCUGAUCAAAAAACAAGACUAAUUAUGAAAUAGGAAAGUACAUAUCCUAAUCUCGGUGAUCCAAGAGGACAUUUCUUUUUUAAAUGUCAGUUUCAUGAGAAUGACCCUGAAAACAGUGCCUUCAGAAAGUAUUCACACCCCUUGGGAUUUUCCACAUUUUGUUGUGUUAUAAAGUGGGAUUAAAAUAUUUAUUUAUAUUUUUUGUCAACAAUCUGUCAAAGUGGAAGUAAAAUUCUAACGUAUGUAAAAACAAUUAUGAAAAAUAAACUAUCUUGAUUACAUAA